ACGUGAUUUUUUUAUUUCAGAAAUAUGUGAGUUGUGGUUGUUGUGGAUGUAGUGUAGUGAAUUGUAGAAUCAAGAUGAGUGAGAAUAUAGAAUGUGUAGUCGAGUAUGAAUACUCAGCUGAACAACCAGACGAACUAACAUUAAGGGUUGGAGACGUGAUCACUAAUGUUGAUAAGUUGGAAGGAGGUUGGUGGAAGGGAACUCUACGCGGUAUUACAGGGAUGUUUCCUGACAACUUCGUCAAGGUUUUACCUGGAGGAGGUAGCGUGCACCCUAUGAAGGGGGAGGAUGAAGGAUCUAAAACUAAACCUAGAUGUAAAGUUCUCUUCUCUUACACACCUACACACGAAGACGAGCUAGCGCUUGAGGUGGAUGAGAAGAUAGAGUAUAUAUGUGAGGUAGAGGAUGGUUGGUGGAAAGGAAGGAGUAAAGGACGGGUUGGAGUCUUCCCAUCAAACUUUGUAGAGAUGUGCAAUACAGACUGUGAUAACAAGCCUAGCCAUGCAGUUACUGUCCAAGAGAAAAACAAAAAGAAUUCAUUAGGAUUAAAUAAUUCAGUUUUUUCUGGUUCAGAGUCUGACAAGAUGGACUCACCUAGUACUUUAACAGGGAAGAAGAACAGCAAUAGUAGUAUGGCAACAUCAGAAAGACAGCUACGGAAUACAGGAGCAGCUCCUGAUACAGCUCCUCGCUUACCUCCCAAACCAGUGAAAGAGCAAUGCCUUGUUCUGUUCCCGUACACAGCUCAAAAUGAAGACGAGCUGACUUUAGAUGAGGGACAGAUUAUUUCCAUUGUGACUAGGGAUGUUGAAGAUAAGGGUUGGUGGAAGGGAGAGCUGGAUGGAAGAGUGGGAGUUUUCCCAGACAAUUUUGUUAAACUUCUUCCACCGGAGAUAGAAGAGGAUAAAGAUAAAAGACCUGGUAGACCUCCCACUUCUAUUAUAGAACAGCUGAAUUCUAAUAAUAAAUCCACAGGACUAGGAUCUAGUUCUCAGCUCAGGAGAUCCUCCUCCCAGCUUAAACCAGCACCCGGAGAAAUAGAAUCCUUGAAACCCGUGUUCAACGAAAAACUUUCCAAGAAAGGGAGUGAUAUUUUCAAGAAGAGCAAUUCCAACCUUAGCGAUAAAAAGACGGUGGUCAAGAACGGGACCGGAGGUUCAAGUUCUAGUCCAGUCCAACCACUUACCGGUCCUGCCAACCAUAGUCCUGUCAGGACAAAAUCUCCGGCUCCGGUCAAACCUGUGCCCAGUGACAAGGGAACCUCAGCUGAAGCUGAGUCUAUCCAGGUUAUGGAGGUUAAAGAUGAUGUUGAAAGCUCUGAAACUGAUUGUAUGUGGAAGCCUGGAGUACCUGAAGCUAGUAAACUCCAUAGUGUAACUUCGACUCGAGUAAAAGCUCCUAAACGACGGCCUCCAUCCUCUAUAUUCCUCAAGGAGAACAUCCCUGGUCUAGAGGAGCUAAUGGUAGACUCAGAGGAUGAAAUUAGGCCGAAGGAGGUUACUGAAGAGAAUGAAGAUACAACUGCAAGUGUUAAACUUAGAGAUAAAGCUGAAAAAGUUGGAGUUCCAGUUCUCCAGGGUAGGGAGGAUACUAGAGAUACUGGAUCUAAACCGUCCUGGCUAGAGGAACUCAGUAGAAAACAAGCCAACAGGAAAAGCGGAAUAUUUACCGAGGAUAAGAAACCAGAUUUACCUAGUCCUGAGAUUAAACCUAUUCUACCAACUAAACCUAGUGAUACAAGAAAAUCCUUGGGAAGCUUUAUAAGGAGACCCGGUAGCUUUACAGAUAAAGACACUGCUUCAGAUAACAGUUCUGAAACCAAGGAUAAACCUGUUCGUCCUGCCUUCCCACCUUCUAUGCCUAAAGCAGCAAGCAGCUCAACCCUUCCAGAUCGGCCAGAGUCCGAUCAUUCAACGGACCGUCAGACCAAAUCCACCGAGAAACGAUCGGCCGGCCGGAAGAGUUCUGAAACUAAAAAGGAGCUGACCAGCUCUGAACAAGAGCAGGAGAAAUCCGAGGCGGCUCGUAAACUUGCGGAGUUUACAAACCGGUUAUCUGAGGCCGGUCGAUUCGGCAAUAACAAACAGUCUGAGCCUUCUAAAAAGGUUCAAGAUCUCAACCCAAAACAAUCAGAGUCCGGAAAUAAGCAACCCGAUGUUUCUCGAAAACAUUCCGACACUACCAAAGGCUUCGAGUCUUCCAAACCUUCAGUACAUUCGACCAAUCUUGGUCGACCAGAGGCUCGAAGCUUCGCUGCUGUUCCGGAGCGCCCAGCCGACUUCAGCUCUCCUAAGGGUGGCCUAGCACGGAGAAUCGACAACCUUUCUCGAACCCUCGACACUAAGCAAGAGGACCCGGAGACUAGUUCCAAGUCUGAGCAGGAUAGAAGUAUAGGUUGGAGUAAUCAUAUCCUGAAACCUGAACCUGGAGAGAGGUCUGAACCCGAGGAUACGAGGAUGGAGAGCUCCACAAGGUCGGUCUGGUCGGAAACCAGGAUUAGACCGGAGACUGGCAAACCUGAACCCAGUGCUAACACCCAGCAGUAUCAAAAUAAAGUUGUUGAGCUAGAGCGUAGACUAGAGAGUAUAUCUGCUGAGUUUGCUGGACAAAUAUCAGCAUUGAAAUCUCAACUAGAGAAGGANCAUCAAAAUUAA